GUUUUCUUAGGCAACAUUUCCCACCCCUUCCAUGGAGGUUCAGUGCCGUAAAGUAUUACAAAGUGUUGGUGAGUUGAAGCGGAGUUCAGCUCAGCUCAGCUGUGCAGGGCUGACUCAGUGUGGGAAAUGCGACUUGUUAGUCUCUUGGCUACAGUAGCUUUCCCAAUGGGUGUGCUGCUGUCCAGGACCAUGGCGCGCCUGUCCAAUGGCAGAACACAUGCAGAGCUCAUCACCCGGCUCAAGGAUCGCGGAGUAAUUACAUCUGACAGCGUGUUUAAUGUGAUGCUGGCCACAGACCGUGGGCACUACACUAAAGACUUUCCCUAUAUGGAUGCACCACAGUCUAUAGGGUACAAGGCUACCAUUAGUGCCCCACACAUGAUUAAGUUAACGGCACGUGAGUGUGUUUGUCUUGUGCAGCAUGCCCAUGCUUUGGAGGUGCUGAGAGACAAGCUGACUGAAGGAGCCACAGCCCUGGAUGUGGGCUCGGGCAGUGGCUAUCUCACUGCCUGCUUUGCAAGAAUGGUGGGUUGUUCGGGGAGGGUGAUUGGAAUUGAGCACAUUGCUGAGCUUGUGGAGGAAUCCAUUCGAAAUGUCCAAGCCGAUGACCCAGACCUGCUCACCUCUGGACGGGUUAAGCUUCUUGUGGCAGAUGGUCGGCAGGGUUUCCCAGAGGGAGCCCCGUAUGAUGCCAUCCAUGUGGGCGCGGCAGCCGCUGCAGUUCCCAAAGCACUGUUGGCCCAGCUGAAGCCAGGGGGGAGGCUGGUCCUGCCUGUGGGUCCCGAGGGAGGAAGCCAGGUGCUGGAGCAGUAUGACAGACAGAGUGAUGGCUCCUUCUCCAGGAAGGCCCUGAUGGGAGUCAUCUAUGUUCCCCUCACUGACAAGGAUCAUCAAUGGCCCAGGUAUGAUGAUGGAACUGUGUAAAUCUGUGCUUUUCAUGCGUGCUGUGAGCGCUGCAUCUGUCAGCGUCAUGAGAUCAGAAAUACAACCCUUCAGCAGUCCAUCUGUCCUCCAUAUGUAUCCUUGGUCUCUCUUGAUUGUUGUUCUUCUAUUCAUAUUCACCUAAUCAAUCUGAUUAAUCUUUUAUCUGAGUUAAAUUAAUGAAUUUGUAUCUUACAUUUAUCUGCAGUAGUAAGUUGUGUUUGAUACAUAUAAGGUGAAUCACAAUAUGCUCAUUACAAAUCAGAGUAUUCAGCAUGACCACUUUCAAGCUGGUGGAAACAUUUUUCCCGUCAGCUGGCUUUAAAGUCCUACCACUGACCUGCUUCAAAAUGGACAGUUUUUCGUUCUUCUACAUGAACAUACUGCUGUCGUGUACAGAUGCUUCUUUUACCUCGGUGAUAAAAAACAAAAGUCAGAGAUCAGAUAGA